AUGACCGGUGAAGAAGAAAACAAUGUACAAAGUGGUCACCGGCUAGCUUACAUGUUCCAAUGCUGUGGUGUGCAGAGCUUCAAGGACUGGUCCCGUAAUGUCUACUUUGAGUGCUCAGACUCCAAUCCCAGCUUGGAGGCCUGCGGUGUUCCCUUCUCCUGCUGUGUUCACCUGCAAAACCAGACUGUUCUGAACACCAUGUGUGGUUAUGGUGUGCAGGAGCUGGAUGAAAGCUUGGCCAGCCAGUAUGUCUUGACCAUUGGCUGCCUGGAGAAGAUCAUGUGGUGGACCAAGCAGAACCUGCUACUGGUUGCUGGUCUGACUGCCAGCCUCUUACUACGUGAACUCUGCAUGAUCUGCCUCGCAGCUGUACAGAUUUCAAAGAUAAAGAAAGUCCAGCAACAGAAGAAACGCAAUGCAGCAAGAACCAAGUUGGAACAUAAAGACAGCUACUGGCUUCCUGCUUUUGCAGAAUUUGAGGACUAGCUAACCUCAAACUGUUGGUGGAUAAAUGUUUUUUUUUUUUUUAAUUAAGGAAUGCAUUUGGUCUGGCCUGAGUAUUGGCUAACAACAGCAGCUUGAUGGUUUCUAUCGCCAAACUCCGCCCCAUUCUCUCCCUCUCAGAUGCUGAAAAGCUGGUCUCUCCUCCAGACUGGACUACUGCAGUGCACUUCUCAUCAAGAUCCUAGCAAGAACCUGCAGAGGCUCCAGUACAUCCAGAACUCUGCAGCUAGGAUGCUGAUGAGAGUGCACAAACAUGAGCACAUUACCCCCAUGCUCCACUCACUCCACUGGCUUCCUGAAUCCACCAGGAUUGAAUACAAGGUCUCCCUCCUUACACACCAAUGUAUCUAUGGACAUGCCCCCCCCCCCCACACACACACACCUCAAAGAACUCCUCAACCCACAAAACAACACGUUCCUCCCACUCCACUCACUUAAAUCUCCUUCACACACCCAGAACCAGGCUAAGAACCAUGGGAGAUAGGGCCUUCUGUGCUGCUGCCCCAUGCCUGUGGAAUGCCC